UGAAGGAUGCGUCUCGUAUAAAGAAGCGAUCCCCUGCUGAUGAUCAAAUCAUUCCUCGUUGUCGGGAUUGUUGAUUUGUCCAGUGUUUGAUGUACUGCUAGACCAAACUCUUCGACAACGGCUUUCACGAAACACCAACUAAACCAUCACGACACGAAAUUCACUUUAUUCUGAUACCCAACUUCAAAGACAAUCUGUCCUCAAACUCGUCGAGUCACACACUUAACCUGGUCUCACCCAUCCCAGUGUGCCACGCCGCCUCCAACAAUGGACAAACUCCCCACCGAACUGCUCGUUGAGAUCCUCCAUCAACUCCCCAUCCCCACUUGCAAGACGGCCCGCCUCACCUCCCGGACUUUCAACUCCAUCCUCUCCAAGCGCACCUUUGGCGUCCUCGUCUCCUUCGUGGACCCGCACACGGCCGAGUCCACUCUCACAUCUCUUUCGCAGGACCUCACCCGCCGGCGCCGGUCCAUCUGGUCCCCGCGGUGUGGCGUCCCCGAGGGCUUGCCCCUCACAGAGCCAUUCCUGCUGGCGCUCUGGGCCGGUGUGCGAGGUGAGCCGUGGGUUCCGUCGCGAGCUCCCGGCUCACCCAGGAGGUUAACCCUCAGCGAGCUACAGACGGGUCUCGACAGGGCUGACAUGACGGAAGGCGUGUUGCGGCAGACGCUGUUCCGGUAUGCGAUGGGUGUUUGACUUUCUCCUGCAUCGAGACGCCGAGGGUUACGGUUUAGAAAUUGAUCCGUGGUUAGAUGUGACCACAGCAAUCGAGGUACCGAUGUUUGCAUAUUGGGAAGGAAACUCGGGAGGGGACAAGGUUACUCUAAAGGAAUGAUGAAUAUAAGAGAGUGAUUGGUCUAAAGCUAAGGAGUGCCUGGUGUA